UCAUGCAGCAAACUCUUUAGGCACAGUGUUUAACCAUCUGCCUGGCUGUACCUGUGGGUCCCAGAACUGAUCCAGUAGAGCUCUGGAGAAGUAAAACCUGAUGGUGAUGAUCCUCAGGAAAACAUCCAUGAUGCCAAAUACGGCUGAGCUUGUAGUUCUCUUAUAAAUCUCCAAGUAGCCUUCGGUCCUGAGAGAAGCAUGUCUGGACUGUUGUCCUCUAACCUUUGUGCUUUCAGCUCCUAUGACAGUGAAGGAAGUGCUACAGAGCCUGGUGGAUGACAACAUGGUGGACUGCGAACGAAUCGGCACCUCCAACUACUACUGGGCUUUUCCCAGUAAGGCCUUACAUACUCGCAAGCACAAGCUAGAGGAGCUGCAGAAACAGGUUUCUGAUGCAAAGCAUCGAAAAGUUUCUCUAGAGAAAACAGUGGAAAAGGCAAAAGUGGGACGAGAAGGAACGAAAGAAAGAAGCUCUCUGCUGAAGCAGCUGCAGUCUCUGAGGGAAGAGCGAACAAAGCUGCAAGCCGAGCUGGAGAAGUACCGCGAGUGUGACCCCGACAUCAUCAAAGAGAUGAGUGAGUCUAGUCACCCACAUUACCUCACAAUUUGUUCAAAUGAUUAGUUGAUCAAAUUGCGCUCACUCAAUU